UUGAAAAAAUUUAUUUUCUUCUUUUUUUUAUGUGACAAAAAUGACUUCUUGUUAUUUCAUUAAUUAGUAUUAUAGCUUGUUUCUUUAAAAUCAGAUAGAAACAUAAUCGAAGUAAUAUAUAAUCAUAAUAUUGACAAACACGUGCUAGUUAGGUUAGGUAACCUAAAAUAUGACCAAGCCUUGCUAAUAUUAUUGUUAAUAAAUCUUAAAAAUACUUCGAAGAAAAAUAAAGACUGGAAAUGGAAAAUACUGAAGAUAAAAAGAAAGCCCACAGGGAUCCACAUUCAGGGAGAAAAGCAGUAAAAAAGAAGUUGCGUAAUAAACCUGAUGCCGAUGGUAAAAAUGACAAAAACAGAAAUCCUAAAGCUUUUGCUAUAAAUUCGGCUGUGCGAGCUGAAAGAAGAUUUCGGCGUAAAGAAGAUAUUGUUACAAAGAAGCAACAUAUACCAACAGUAGAUAAAACUCCUGAUGUACCUCCACCAGUAUUGAUAGCAAUUGUCGGUCCUCCAAAAGUAGGAAAAACAACCCUCAUUAAAAAUCUAAUCAAAAGUUUCACUAAAACUACUGUUACGAAUAUUAAUGGGCCAAUUACAUUGGUAACAUCUAAAAAACGGAGAAUAACUUUAAUUGAAUGUAACAAUGAUAUAAAUUCUAUGAUAGAUAUUGCCAAAUGUGCGGAUUUGGUAUUAUUGCUCUGUGAUGCGAGCUUUGGAUUUGAGAUGGAAAUUUUUGAAUUUUUAAAUAUUUGUCAAGUUCAUGGUAUGCCAAAAAUUAUGGGUGUACUUACACAUUUAGAUAUGAUAAAAAAUGCUAAGACGCUAAAAAGGCAAAAGAAGGUUUUAAAGCACAGAUUUUGGACAGAAAUAUAUGCUGGAGCUAAACUAUUUUAUCUUUCUGGUAUAUUGCAUGGAGAAUAUUUACGAAAUGAAAUUACAAAUUUAGGUCGUUUUAUAUCUGUCAUGAAAUUCAGACCUACAACGUGGCGAGGUGCGCAUUCAUACGUGCUAGCUGAUAGGAUGGAAGACAUUACUAACAGUGAAAAAAUACGGCUGAAUAAAAAAUGUGAUCGAGAUAUUGUUCUCUAUGGAUACGUGCGUGGCACACCUAUGCAACCAAAUAAUAUGGUUCAUGUAGCAGGUUUGGGGGAUUUGGCUCUUCAUGAGCUUAGCUCCUUACCUGAUCCAUGUCCACUACCAUCAGCAGAAAAGAAACGCAGUUUAGUUGAUAAAGAACGUCUUUUAUAUGCUCCUAUGUCUGGAGUUGGAGGAAUAGUUUAUGAUAAAGAUGCUGUUUAUAUUGAACUGCAAGGUUCUCAUCAGCACAAGCAACAACCAUCUGAAAAAACAGAAUUAGUUAAAACAUUCAUAGAGAAAAAAGAAGCUUUUGAUGUUCAAGUUGAAAAUACUGAAUUUAAGUUAUUUAGUGAUGGUGAUUUACUUAAAUCUUCUGAAUUUUUUGAGGCUCAGAACAAUUACACAAAUGAAGAUGAACAUCAAAGCAAAAGAAUAAAACUUUCAUCAGAAGAUGAAGAGAAUGGAAAACCAUCACAAGAUAAUGAAGAAGAUGAUUCUGGUAACAGUAGUGAUGACGAUGAUGAAAUUUCUGAUGAUGAUGAUCUCAGUGAUGAUAAUACAGAAGAUGAAAAUCAACAUUCUGAUGAUGAUAACUUAGACGAAAGUGAUCAGGAAAAGGCUGAAUUUGAUGAUGAACCCUGGACCAUUGCUAAAAACGAGGAUCAAAAUGACUCUGAUGAUGAAAGCGAAUCUGAUGAUGAAGAUAUGACAAUGAAUUGGAAGGAAGGUCUUGCCAAAAGGGCCAUGGAAGAUCAUUUAUCAAUGCAAUCAAAAUCACAGAAUCUAAUGAAAUUAGUAUAUGGUAUAUUCAACACUCGACUUAAUAAAGAAGACAAUGAUGGAAAGCAGAAUAGUGCUGAUGAAAAUUCUGAAGAUGAACUUGGUGGUCUUUUUCGCAAAGUCACUGAUAAACAAAGGAAAGAUCAUAGUGAAAAAGAUAAUAAAGAUAAUUUUGAUACUUCAUUUUAUCAUAUUGGGCACUAUGAAGUUCAAAACUGGCUAGAGAAUAAAGAUUUGGUUCAAAAUUGUUUUGUAACUGGAAAAUGGAAAUCCAGUGAAGAUGCUUCAGAACUACUCAAACUUGAUGAUGCUAGCGAUGAUGAUAGUGAAAUCUUUGGUGACUUUGAAGAUUUAGAAACUGGAACAAAACACAUAGGCGAAGAAACUAAAAUAGAUGAUUCAGUAGAAAAUGAAGACAUGGAUGAUGAAGUUCAUAAACCUAACAGGAUUGAAGAAACUAAUAUGACCAAAGCGGAGAUCUUGGCCAAAAAAUUAAAAUUGAAAGCCAAAUUUGAUUCAGAAUAUGAUAAUCCAGAUACAGAAAAGAUUACAGGUGAUCAUAGCUACUAUGAAAGUCUGAAAGAAGAAGCUUUAAGGCAAUCGGAAUUAAACAAAUCAGAAUUUGCAACUUUGGAUGAAGACAUGAGAUUGCAGAUAGAAGGUUUCAGAGCAGGAUUAUAUGUAAGAUUAGGUUUUCAAAACGUUCCAUGUGAGUUUGUGGAAAAUUUUGAUCCCACAUAUCCUGUGUUAAUUGGUGGACUUAAUAUGGCUGAAGAAAAUGUAGGAUAUGUUAGUUGUAAGGUGAAGAAACAUCGAUGGUUUAAGGCUACCCUCAAAACUGCUGAUCCUCUAAUUGUUUCAUUAGGGUGGAGAAGGUUUCAAACUAUGCCAAUUUAUUCAAAAAUAGAAGAUAAUAUGAGGUAUAGAUAUUUGAAGUAUACUCCCAAUUACAUUACUUGCAAUAUGCAUUUUUGGGGACCAAUUACUCCUUUAAAUACAGGUUUCUGUGCAUUGAAAAGUUACACUAGCGAUUCUGAAUUAAAAUCUGUUGGAUUUAGGAUAGCUGCGACUGGUGCAGUUAAUGAAAUGGAUAAAUCUACUCAAAUAAUGAAAAAAUUGAAAUUAGUAGGCACACCACUGAAAUUUUUAAAAAAAACAGCAUUUAUAAAAGAUAUGUUCAAUAGCACUUUAGAAGUUGCAAAGUUUGAAGGAGCUAAAAUUAAAACUGUAUCUGGAAUUAGAGGACAAAUAAAGAAAGCUAUAAAUAAACCUGAAGGAUGCUUCCGAGCUACAUUUGAAGAUAAAAUAAAACUCAGUGAUAUUGUGUUCUGUCGAACAUGGUUUAAAGUUGAUGUUCCUCAAUUUUAUAGUCCUAUUGUGAAUUUAUUGUUGCCACUUGGUCAGAAAAAUACAUGGAGUGGCAUGAAGACAGUUGGCCAAUUGAAAAGGGAACGUGGUAUCAGAAAUAUGCCUAAUGAAGACAGUCUUUAUAAGGAAAUUCACCGUGAUCCAAAAGUUUUUAAACCAUUGUCAAUACCGAAAAGUUUACAAAAAGCUUUACCAUACCGUGACAAGCCCAAGAGUGGUCCUAUUGAUCCCAAAAAGCCUAUUGAUAAACAACGUAUUGCUGUUAUUCAUAGUCCUCAUGAACAGAAGGUUAACAGUAUGCUGAAAAUGCUCAAAACAUCUUAUGACCACAAACAAGAAACUCUUAAGAAAGCAAUGUCCACUAGAAUGGAAAAACACCAAAAAGAAAUGCAAAUGGAGGAAAUGCAAAAAUUACGCAGGCAUAAGGAAUUAAAGAAACAAGUUUUUAGAAAGUUAAGCAAAGCGGAGCAAAAAGAACCAACAAAAACAGGAAAAAGAAAGUAAUUCAUGUAAUAUAGUUUAAUUUAAUCCAAGAUAUUAUAGUAUAUUAGUGGAUGAAUUAAAAGUGGUAAACCAAUUUAUCACAUGAGUUUUAAUUUGUUGACUUUUAUAUGUUAUGAGAAGGCGCUAUAUUUAUUAUAUUAUGUA